UUUGGUUGCCGUAGCCUUCGAUUUAAGAAACCAGAGGAAGGAUAUGCUCCUCAACGUUACGUUUUUAAAGAAAUGUAUCUGCCAAUGGGCACGGAACUCAAUGGUGACUGCAGAUAUGAGUGCCUGAUGGAAAGCAUCUGUGUGUCUGUGAACAUCGGCCCACCAAACGAGACAGGCUUCAGGCUCUGCCAACUGAGUGAUUCUGACCACAUCCAACAUCGUGAAGAUAAUGAAACACGAAAAGGUUUUAUUCAUUGGACUACCGAGGUAACGUUUUUCGAAUGCAAUCAUCUAGAAUCCGCUUGGAUAUCAAUCGUCAAGUAAUAUUUAUCUUCCUAAUUUAUGAAAUGUUUAUAAAAGUCAUGUCUUAUUUUAGAAUCCAUGUCGCAGUAGCCCCUGUCUUCAUAAUGCGACCUGCCUCAAUGGAUUUACAGACAAGAGAUAUAUCUGCCUAUGUCCAGAGAGUUACACUGGAGAAAACUGUGAAAAAGGUUUCACUGAUAUUUUUUUUUCUCUUCUGAUGAUUUUUCAUGCAGCAGGACAGGCUCUCAUUCGUAUAAAUUUACUUUUUUCGUUUCGACAAAAAUGAGUGUACAGAAAAUACUCAUGACUGCCCUGCCAAAGCUUUUUGUAAUAAUAUCGAAGGAUCUUAUAAUUGCAGCUGUAAAGAAGGUUAUUAGGGGGACGGCCGAAAUUGCACAGGUAAGGGUUGGGAAAAAAAAUGUUCACACGGAGAUCGGCUGCUCAUUUUGGAAAAGAACAUAACUUUUCUAAAAAAAGAUAAUGAAUCGCAAGUGUGGUGGAUCAUUGACCCUAGGCUGUACACGAGAGAGAGAGGAAAGUUUACUCGUCCAAUUUUUAAGUUUUUUUCUUAUUUUUAUUUUCAAACUUUGUAGAUGUAGACGAGUGUACGAGUAAUGCCCAUCGAUGCCACUAUAAUGCAAGUUGCAAUAACAUUGACGGGUCUUACACUUGCAAAUGCAAAACGGGAUUCAAUUGCAGUAAGUAUGACAGAUAUACUUCCUUCUUUUUCUGACAAACGCCGUACGGUAACAAUCUUCAGCCAGAUAGAUAGACUCAGGUAAAAGUGAGUUCAAAACUGUGAGCUAUAGUGAUCAUAGACGAGUACUUUAUCAUCAUGUGUGUUCACGUAAAAACACUAGUAGAAAGUAUCUUCCUGCACACGUAUCUUCCUUUUAAAAAAUAUAGUACAAACGCCCGUUUGCAGAGAUUGGUAUGAAAAAAAACAAUUCAUUUGUUUGUGUAUUGAGACUCAACCGAAAUCUCUCCCCCAUUGCGAGAUAGCCUGUUUCUCUUCAGGAAAAAAAGAGGUCUCAGAAUAAACAAUGGUGUUUUCGUGGGUCAGUCUCAGUCACAAGAGUUUUAGUCGGUUUUCUUUGCCAAAAUACUUACAAAUAGAGAUCUGUGGUUCCAUGUUUCUGCGUUGCGCCAGUUGCUUGUAAACAAACAAACAUAAGGAAAACAUAUGGAAUUAACUGGUUAUGCCUAUGUUUGAAAAAAAGAAUUUUAAAAUAAUUGUCGUACAAAAUGUCCUCAGCAUUCAAAGCUGUUUUUACAAAUCUCAAUGCCACUGGAAGAUAUGGUCCAACAACGCUGGGCAGUCAGUACUUAGGUCAGGAUCAUGACGGACAAGUUACACUGUCUAGUGGUAUUCAACAAUGGGCUGUGCCGUACACUGGUGACUACAGAAUAGAAGCAGUAGGAGCAGCAGGAGGGUACGAUUCCCACCCAAACAGCUCUCAGUACCGGGGAAGGGGAGCAAGAAUGAUUGGAACAUUCCGCUUGAACAUGGGUGAAGUCAUUCAGAUACUUGUUGGUCAAGCGGGAGGCAUAAACAAGCGGAAACAUUCAUCUGGAGGUGGUGGAGGUACAUUUGUUGUAAGAGGAGUUGAUACACCUUUGAUAGUUGCUGGAGGUGGAGGGGGCGUGCAUACGGUUCAUUCUAGAUACGCAGGAUGUGACGCCAACAGAAACACAGCUGGGAAUCCUGGGCACAAGUCAAAGAAAGGAGGUAGAGAUGGAAAUGGUGCAAAGACACCCCCGAGUGGAUAUUCGGGUAAGAACACGUAAGUAGGGAGGACCAUUUAAGGAACAAGGUCGCUGAAAAAUUUUUUUUAGCAAAGAAAUGAAUGAGUAUGGAGAUGAAAGUCUUAAUAAAAGAUGCUGGUCUAAUAAUCUUUUUUAAUAAAGAUUUUGGUCGGCUUUUUGCGAUAGAGGAGAAAUAUUUCCCACUGAGGCACUUUCUUCAUGAAACUUCUAAAUAUCUUAUCGUGUAACUUCUUAGUCGUCUUUUUUUCUUAUAUAUGCUAUGAUAAAUAUGAACAUAUCUCAUUUCAGGUGGUGGUGGUGGUGGGUUUUACUCCAGCGGAAGAAGUGGAAAGAACUUUGGCGGAAGCAGUGGAAAAGGUGGAGAAGGUGGUAUGGGAUUUCUUCAGGGAGGGGUGGGUGGGAGAGGCAGAUUCAACGUUAAUGACGGUGGAUUUGGUGGAGGAGGUGGGGCUUCUGGUGGAAAUUUAAAGGGUGGGGCAGGGGGAGGAGGAGGAGGGUACUCUGGUGGAGGCAGUGGGAGCAACAAGAAUGAUUCCUGUGGGGGUGGUGGUGGAUCCUUCAAUGUUGGAAACAAUCAGCGCAAUGAAUGUUGUUACAAUUCCGCGGGUCGUGGUCACGUGACCAUCACAUUGCUGUAG